AUGAAGCUACUCUUUUUUAUCGUUCUUGCUGCGAUUCUCGGAAUCUCAUCGGUCAGUACAAUGGACGAAGUAAUGGAUCCCGUCAUGGAGAAGCGAUUCUGGUUCCCACCUAGCUGGUACGGAGGCAAAUUGCCUCGAACCCGUCAUGUGGGAUCGGACAUCAACCGUGGGGAUGAGCUCUUCAGAAGCGAAUUGGUUGACACUAUCAGAGACGGCACUGUGGGGGGAUACGAAGACAAAGCAUCCGAUGACAUCAUCAUGGGCAAACGACUCUAUAUCGAACGUGGUGGAUUCCGUCCAGAGAAACGUGUGGGUCGAUUCCACCCACAGAAAAGCAUCUAUGCCCAACUCCGCCUCCGUGGAAAAUGA